AACAAUUUUUAGAAACUCGAUAAGAGUACAUCGAAAGGAAUAGAGGAAAAACAAAACGAUUCUCUCUCCGCAUAAUUGAUUGACGGUCUCAACGAAUUCGCUGUUUUGCAUGAUCAUACGGUGCUCUUCCAUCACGGAUGGGAAAUCACAAAUCAGUUGCGACGGCCAAACUAAUCUUCCUGGACGGUGCGAUUCAAGUGUACUCAUCGCCGGUAAAGGUCUCGCAGAUACUGGAUCAGAACCCGGCCUGUUUCAUUUGUCAUUCGGAUCAUAUGGAAUUCGAUGAAUUUGUUUCGGCCGUUGAUGUUGAUGACGAGCUUCAGAUGGGACACCUGUAUUUCGCCCUGCCGGUGAGUUGGUUGGCUCAGCCGCUGCAGGGGGAGGAUAUGGCGGCGUUGGCCGUUAAAGCGAGUCUCGCUUUUCCAAAUAGUCGUGAUGGUCGUGGUGGUGAGAUUAAGUGUGGGUGUUGUUUCAGUAGACCUAGGGUAGAUGAUGAUCAGCAGGAUCGUUUGAUGUUUUCUGGUGAGAAAUAUGUGAGCACAUCAAGAAGAAAGGUUGUUGCCGUGGGUGGCGAAGGCGGUGAAUUGGUUCAGGAGAUAAGCGGUAGGGGUCAUCCUAGUGGUCAUGGCAGAAAGUUGAGCAUGAUACCGGAAGAUCAAGGCUCGUUUGGAACGUCGUCGUCUUUAGAUCAUGGCUCGUUCGGAACGUCAUCGUCUUUAGAUCCAGGCUCGUUUGGAACUUCGUCUUUAGAUCAAGGCUCGUUUGGAACGCCGUCUUUGUAGUUUCUUUUCUUUUUUUUCAUUUCUUUUUUUUUGAAAUCUUGAUGAAUCUGGACGCAAUAAAAGUAAAAGUGCAGUGAGAGUUCUGAAAAUAGAAAAAUAAAAUCAUGUAUCGCGAUGCUACUGCUACUUGAUAUAUAUAGUUGAUUCGUAACUUUUAAUUACAAGGCCUAAUCAAGCCAAAUUGAUUGGGUAUGUUUAAGAGUGUGCUUCUGAGACUGCUCUUCUAAAGUUCGUACA